UAACUGUCAGCAAAAUUAAUUCAUUGAGAAAACUGGACAUAUCAGAAACUAAAAUGUUAAGACACAUGGGGCCCAUCCAUGGACUUGUUAAUUUAGAGGAAUUGUAUCUACAAAAAAUUGGCUGUAUAAUGUAUCCAUCUACUAUAUCGUGUCAAUAUGGAGCAUUUGAAUCCAUAAAAAUACUGAACAUGUCACAUAAUGUGAUGAAUAUGAGUUAUCUUAAAUCAAAUACAACCUUAGAAAUGUUUAGUAACUGCAACAGGCUUCAACACGUAGAUUUGUCAUAUAAUAAAAUGUCAAGAAUGCCAUUCCUUAUGUUUCAGAAGUCUAGAGAACUCAAAACUGUUUAUCUCGGAGGAAACAAUCUUGAAGAAUUAAACAUUGACCUAGAAUCAGCCAGAAAAUUGGAAAAGCUGGAUAUCUCUGAUAAUGAGUUGCAAGAAUUACCACAAAAUAUUCGAAGGAUAGUCGAUUGUUUAAAUUGCAAUUCUAGCACAAUAGUCCAUAUAUAUAUGAAAAAUAACCCCUUAAUAUGUGGAUGCCAUUCAUUUGACUUUGUGUCUUGGAUGCAAGAUCAUAAUAAGAACAUAGCUGAAUGGGAGAACUUGGAAUGCUUAUAUACAAAUUAUUCAAAAAUAAAAAUGCACAGAAUUGAUUUGAGUGUUCUGAAGCUAUCAUGUUGGAAAACAGUUAUAUUAGCUGCUACGAUACCUUGUGGAGUAAUGCUGUUGAUUGGAUAUAUAACAAUUGUAAUAUACAGAAGGAGGUACAAAAUAAACUAUUUGUACCUCCAGCUAAGAGCUGCACUGAGGCGCCAUGGUAAAGAUAAUGAUGACGAGUAUGAUUUUGAUGCUUUUAUUAGUUACAGUUCUCUCGAUAAAACAUGGGGACUGGAGACACUAUAUGCCACUCUAGUUGGCAUUCACCAUUACAGCAUAUGUAUUGAUGAUCGAAACUUCAGACCAGGGGCUUACAUCUCUGAUAUCAUCAUUGAUGCUAUCAACAGAAGCAACAAAGUCAUUCUAAU